UGCCACGUCAGCAGUGCCACAUCAGCAACAGUGCCACGUUAGCAGUGCCACAUCAGCAGUGCCAUGUCAGCAGUGCCAUGUCAGCAGUGCCAUGUCAGCAGUGCCACAUCAGCAGUGCCACACCAGCAGUGCCAUGUCAGCAACAGUGCCACGUCAGCAGUGCCAUGUCAGCAGUGCCACGUCAGCAGUGCCCGGCCACCAUGACGGUCUCAGUUCUGGGCAUGCCAGGCCAACUGGCCAAUGAGUCCAUUGCCGAGUACCAACAGCGGUUCCAAGCUCAUCUCGCACUGAUCGAGGAUGAGGAACAGCGUCAGGCGGUAGUCGAGGCUGCCCGCCUACAAGCUGAAGCGGCAGCAGCAGCUGAAAAGCAGCGACUUCAGGCCGAAGCAGACGUAGAUACCCAGGCACGCCGCAAGGAGGCCCAGGAUCUGCUACAGCGGCACGAAGCCGCCAGCAUCAAAAAGCUCAAGUUCUGGCAUUUUGAACCAUCCGAGCACCACAAAGACGUGACACUGGAAGAGCAGCACAAGGAGUUUCUUGCCAAACUCGUGACCCGGUUGGUUUACACUUGUAACCACCUGCAGUCCGAGCUGGCGAAUCUCCGACGGGCAGUGCGGAACGACAAGGAUCUGCACGAGGAUGCUACACGGCCACUUGAUUCCCGUGCACAGGACUUGGAGCAAGUUGCACCAAGACCGGAUGCUGGCGAGUCCAGCAGUGCACCCUCCACCCGCCAAUUGGAGGAACGAGUUGACCACGUAGUCGCCAUGCUCGGCGACAUCAUCACCUUCGCUGCACCAGCCACCAUCAGCAAGCAGCUGGACACCUUGAAGACCGAGGUUCAGCAACUGCACCAGCUGCCCAACAAGGAUGGCAACACCAGUGAGCAGCACUACAAGAUGUCGACAUUCUGCAUCGAAAAGUUCGAUGAUUAUACGCAUCAAGACCCGGUCGUCGAUCUACAUGAGAAGAUCUCUUGGGAAGAGUUGACGAGGCUAUGGAAGAAGCGGUUCAUCGUGGACAAUGCCCCGACGCUCACCAUCAACCGCCUCUUCGCCAUGACCCAAGGCAACACAUCGACGCACGACUGGCUCACGAAAUGGCAAAAGAUCGCUGCAACGCCCGAUCUCGAGUCGCCAUUUUCGCAUCUGCGCCGGGAGUUCUACAACCAGUCAUGUGCGGCCUUGAGCCUCGCAUUUGGUGACCGCGAGCAAUACACGACCUUUGCCGAAAUCAUCGACGAGGCAAGGGAGAUCGUCAAGACCAACAGGGCGGCUGCACACGAGAAGUCAGCGUGGCAACCAACCUAUGUGGAGAAAGGAAAAUUUGUCGGAGUUUGGACGAGCAUGUGGAGCACCUGCGCACCGUUUUGGAGUGGCUACUACAAGCCAAGUACAAAGCCAACCGCUACAAAUGCGAAUUCGCGCGGCAAGAGCUUGAGUACUUGGGGCAUUAUGACGCCGCAAGGCAUCUGUCCGCUUGCGGACAAGAUCGAGACCAUCCGCGUAUGGCCCGAGCCCACCAACACCACGGAUGUUCGCUCAUUCAUGGGGUUGGCGGGCUACUAUCAACGCUUCAUCACCGGGUACUCAAGAAUUGCCGCACCUAUGACGAGAUUACAAUCGCCAAAGGUGCCAUUCGUAUUUGAUGACAGCGCACGCCGGUCAUUCCGAGUACUCAAGACGACCAUGCUCAUGGCACCCGUCCUUAGCAUCUAUGACCCCACCCUGCCAACAAGAGUGACAACUGACACUUCCGGCUAUGGCAUUGGGGCAGCCUUGGAACAACGCGACGGCGACGACUGGCACCCCGUAGAGUAUUUCAGCCACAAAGUGUCUCCCAUCAAUUCACUUGAUGAUGCAAGGAAGAAGGAGCUGCUCGCGUUCGUAAUGGAUCUCAAGCGAUGGCGACACUUCCUCCUUGGGCAUCGUAGGUUCACAUGGGUCACGGACAACAACCCGUUGACCUACUACAAGACGCAGGAUACGGUGAGCAGCACGAUCGGACGAUGAAUGUACUUCAUCGACCAAUUUGACUUCACACCGAAACAUCUCGCCGGCCUCUCCAAUCGUGCAGCAGAUGCACUCUCGUGAAGACCCGAUC